AUGGAUUCCUUCAGCCCCCACCCCCCUUCACUCCAUCAGCAAGCCCCAUCGGUUCUUCAGAUCUCUCUUCAGAUUCCAAGUUUCGCCCACGGUGGCCCCACCUCUCGCCUGGACGACAGCAGUGCCCCCCAGCCGGUCUCUCUGAUUCGCGGUGGCCCCUCCCCCACCCACUCGGCUGCCAGACAGGCGCUCGAGCAGCCGUCGCACGAGCGAGUGAGUCCGAGGACGUUCUCCCGGGACCCCGCCUCGACCCGGCCACGACGGGGUCUCAAGCGAGCGGACCUCAGGCGGCGAGUUCCGCCCCACGCGCCUCGGGAACACGACUCCCAGUCCCCCGACCUCCACCUUUGCGAGGUGAGGCCCGUGGGGUCAGGGCCAGCCAGCAGCUUCUACAGCUCAGGGCCCCGACAGCCUGCGGACCCCCGCGCCAGUCCGGCGGCCGCCCUCCCCGCUUCCCAGAGCCGCGCCUCCGCACCUGAAGCCCAGACAGGUCAGCCCGAGGUCCGUGAGGCCAGGGCGGGAAUCCCGACCCGCUCACCUCCGCUCCGCUUCUCCUCAAGUGCCUUCUCCACGCCCUCCCGGGCUUCGCGCUCGGGUCCUCGCCGCCUCCCGCCUCACGCCCUCCGGGCCCCGCCCCCAGCCACCUCGGCGGUUGGCGGGAAAGUAGCGAACUCCGGCGCGUGCGCACUCCGGAGCCCUGGGAAACCUGUCUAG